AUGGCUGGCCGAUUCCCCGCGCUCAGCACUUCCAACCUCCCCGCUGCAUCUUCUGAAGAGCAGGCAGCAACCGCAUCACCCGCACGUGGAACCGCAAUGCUCAACAACAUCUUCAAAUCGGUGCGUGUUCCCGAAUUCCGCUUCAAGUGGAUGUUCUGGGCCGAAAAGGGACAGCAAGCACCGCCCAAGGACAAGGCGGCGGCAUCGGAAGAAUAUCUCACACGCCCCAAGCCCCUGGGUGAUCAGAUUGUGUCGGUCAAGGAGUUUUACCAGCACUUCAACAACAUUCCGGUUGAGAACCUCAAACUGCGCGACUCGAUACAUCUCUUUCACUUGGGCGUCAAGCCAGUAUGGGAGGACCCACGAAAUACGCGUGGAGGAGCAUGGUACUUUAAAGUCAGCAAGGACCUUGCAGCGCAAUUCUGGCACGAAAUGUGUCUGCUCGCUGUAGGUGAUGUGUUGCAAGGGGCCGUUGAAACGAAGCGAGCUUCUUUUAAUGAUGACAUUUGUGGCAUUUCAUACAGCGUUCGUUGGAACGCGGUCCAGAUUGCUGUAUGGAACCGCGACGCAGAGAACGAGGAAGGCCGCCAGAAGCUACUGGCGGUUAUUCUCGACAAGCUCUCUGAGGAGCUACGGCCGAAGAAGGAGGAUAGCUACUGGUACAAGGCGCACAAGGAGCACAAGGGCUUCAUUGAGCAGCAGUGA